CACAACAUUAACCAAAUCUGCCAUGCGCAGUCCGGAAGGUGAGCACCAACGGCAGGAAGUGUAGGACCACAAAUUGAAAUCUGCCAGUGCUGAUCUUUGAUUUGGACGACGGCUCUGCACUGGCAAUGGACUGGAUUGGUUUCGGCUAUGCUGCAUUCACCAUUUUUGGUGGAUAUAUGGGAUACAAGAGAAAAGGCAGUGUGAUGUCCCUGACUGCUGGUUUAGUUUUUGGUGGAUUAUCUGCGUAUGGAGCCUAUAAUGUCUCCAAAGAUCCAAAAGAUAUCCGGGUGCUGUUGGGCUCCUCUGGGUUGCUGGCAGUCAUCAUGGGAAUGAGAUACAAGAAAUCAAGGAAAUUAAUGCCGGCGGGGAUUAUGUCGGGGCUAAGCUUACUGAUGGUGUUUCGCCUGUUGCUUUUGCCCAUAAUGUAGCGCUAGCGCCAUAAUAAUAACCGACCAAGCUGUACUGACCAGACUCGGAUGACUCUUGACUUUCCACAAGCAAGACUUCACAAAAGAAAGCUGUUCUUCCAAAUCUGUAUUUUUGUGAGUUUUUAAAAGGAAUGUAUUCAUGA